AUGACGCAUGGAUAUAAGAACAGCGGAAGAGGAACACAAUCUGAGCGAGAAACCAGAGCCAGUAAUGCAAUCGAGCUGAGAACCCAAAAAAGAGACGGCAUGCUUCAGAAAAGAAGAACCAUGACCUCAUCUGGAGAAACAAACAGCAGCAAGCUGAGCAUACUUGCAGAGAAAAUCAACUCAAAAAACCCAGAAGACAUUGUCCAGGGAGUGACCGAGUUUCGAAGGCUUCUCAGCGCAGCCAAGUGCCCGCCAAUUGACUUUGUUGUUAUGAACGGCCUUACCCCGACUUUUUCCAAGCUCAUAAACCCAGAAAACCCCAUUUACACGACAAUGCCCGAGGAGACUGCUGUAAGAAUAAUACACGAGGCUGCCUGGGUGGUCACAAACAUAGCCUCUGGAAGCACUGAGCAGACGAUGGCAGCCGUCAAGGCAGGCGCUGUUCCCAAUUUAGUGAAACUUCUUUACUUGGACAACAUGCAGCUGCAGGACCAGGCCGUCUGGGGAAUCAGCAACAUAUCUGGAGACUGCGAGACAGGAAGAGAUGCCUGCAUUGAUGCGGGCGCAGUUGGGCCCGUAAUAAAGCUGGUGGAAAUGGAGCUUGGAAAAGUGGGGGAAAUAAACAUCCCUUUUCUGAGAAACCUCACGUGGGCAUUCAGCAACUUAAACCGAGGAAGGAACCCGCCGCCGUACAUAAAACACACGGAAAUGUGCUUGCCUGUCAUAAUAAAGCUUAUAGAGGUAAAUGACACUGAAACCAUGGUAGACGCGUACUGGGCACUCAGCUACAUGUGCGACGCAGGAAUAGCGCAAGCCGACAUGAUCAUUUCCACCGGAGUCCUGGCCAGCUGUGCACACAAGCUUGCAGCUUACAAUCACACAGCCCAGCAGGGAGACACCAUGCAGCUGCACCUGAAAGAGCCCAUUCUCUCGCCGAUCAUACGGAUCCUUGGAAACAUUGCAACGUACGAUGAGAAACAGACAGACUACAUUGUAAACCUGGGCACAGUGCAGAUACUCCGAGAGCUGUUUACGCUGCCUUUUGAGAACAAGCGGUCCUCCAAGAUAAAGAGAGAAAUAUGCUGGGUCAUUUCUAACAUAACAGCAGGAACCCCGUCCCAGGUGCAGGAGGUCAUAAAGCACGGAUUCCUUGACAUUCUUGUAAACACCAUGAAAACAGCCGACAUGCAGAUGCGAGUAGAGGCGUGCUGGGCCAUAUGCAAUGCCGUGGUCCAGCUGAACGAGGCUGUUUCGUACGCAAAAGAGGUUGGCGAGGCAGGCGCCAUAAUGGCUUUCUCCAAGUUUUUGCCCUCCAUCAUGAACGACGCAAAACUGGUCGCUGUCGUUUUGGACGCAAUCCACAGCCUCCUCGCGUGGGGAGAGAGCGACUCCGUGGGCGGCGAGAAUAUGAUCGCAACAGAAAUUGAAAGCUGCGACUUGCUCGAGCACAUUGAGGAGCUGCAGUCGGCAACAAGCUACUCAGUCGCGAGCAGGGCUGAGGAAAUCAUCAGAAAGUACUUCGAGGGCCAGUAA